AUCCAACAAACCCCAGGCAACAACCACGACCGCAUCGCUGCAGCCUUCGAUCUCGGACGCACCGACAACGAACGAGCAGGCAAACGAGCAAACGAGCAAACGAGCACGAGCAAACGAUGAAGACAGCCCGCACCGCGAUACUUGUGCUGCUCUGUGUGAUAGCACUGGCUAUCCGCUCCGUCUGCGCUUCGCAAGACGACACCGUCGAGGUCUCGAAGCCGGCCGGCCAGCACAUCCGUGUUCUUCAUAGCGUUUCUGGCUCGCCCUUCGCUGAGCGAGGUGUCCUCAACUUCAACCCCAACUCGAAGAAAAAGUCUGCCCUGAAGUACGUGCACGCCGACGACGCCGAGAUGGCCUCGGUCCUCAAGCCUGUCACCAGCGCCGAGGACUACUACACCGUGCGAUUCGUUUCGUCGAGCAAACCAGACAGCCAUCUCGGGGAGGUCCGAGUCCGGGCGUGCCAGCUGCAUGCCGCCGGUCUGCGAGAGCACUUUGUUAUUCACGUCGAUCAAGAUGGAGAGCCGUUCCGCAUCGAUUACCUCGUCCCGAGCCAAGACUGCUCGCUCGAUGGUGUCAAGAAGGCCCAGGAUUUUAAGCCAACCAUCGAGCUGGCCAAGAAGCUUGAUGGCCCCAGACCCCAUCUCAUCAAGGUCAAGGAGGUGGCGAUGAAAGAUGGCAAGCCCGUCCAGGAGGAGGAGAAGAGCUUUUGGCAAAAGUACUGGAUGUACAUUGUCCCGAUCGUGCUCCUGGUACUCCUCAACGGUGGUGGCGACAGCCAGGAGGGUGGCUCUGGCGCCGCGGCUGCGAGCAAAUAGAUCGGUUCGGCUGCAAUCAAAAUAAAACGGAGCACCUCAUGCUUCGCUUUCGCAGGCGGCUGUGUUGGAUGUGGACGCAUCCACC